UUAGAUGUUUGAUUAAUGAACGAUGAAAUUUUUAACCAGGUGAAGCAGGAUGUAUUUUUCAAAGAUAUCAAUUGGGACACACUUGCAAGGCAGAAGGCUGCCUUUGUUCCCAGUUCAGUGAGUGCGCUUGAUACUAGUUACUUUACAAGUUGUUACUCAUGGAAUACUUCAAAUGAGCAUGCAUAUCCUGGUAGUGAAUUUGAUGAUUCAAGUGAUGCUGACACCUUAAGUGGUAGUAGUAGUUGCCUGAGCAACCGCCAAGAGGAAAUGGGAGAUGAAUUUGGAGGUCUUGCUGAAUUUGAGUCUGGUUCAUCUGUCAAUUAUUCUUUCAGUAAUUUCUCAUUUAAGAAUCUGUCCCAGCUGGUAUCAAUUAACUAUGACCUGCUUUCUAAAGGGUGGAAGGACGAUCAUCCAGCGAAUUCUAAUGCAUAGUAAGAUCCUCAAUAUCUUUGGGAGAGCUUGGGAUAUUUGUUUUGGACAUUGAUGUGUUGCUUGUAUACCCUGUACAUAGAUAGAAGAAAACA